CGAUGGGAAAGGGGGCAUAUUCCAGAUCCAGUAUUAGUACAUGAUUAUGUAACUCUCUUCUGAAAGAGUUACCGGUAACUUGCGAAAUGGCAGAGGGACAAGCUUUCAUUCGAAGCACAGAAUGGAACUCAUUUUGCUUGAGAAAGAACAUUUCCUGGACCACAUACGUUCUAAUCUGUCUUUUUGGCCUGGGUUCCUGGGUAGCUGUCAAUGGUUUGUGGGUUGAAUUGCCUGUACUUGUGGGACAUGCCCCAGAACAGUGGAGCCUUCCAUCGUAUCUCACAGUUAUCAUUCAGUUGGCGAACAUCGGCCCCGUGAUUUACGCCUUGGGGAACCGCUUCGCUCCUCGCAUCGUUCACGAAAAAACGACGAUUCUUUCUAUUGUGGCGAUUGGGUGUUUAGCGUGCGCGUUGUUGGGUCUUUAUUGGGACGAGACAAGCUCUAUUGGUGGCAAACAACACAGCACAGUUCUUUUUAUCUUAUCCUUCUUGCUGGCAUUAGUUGAUUGUACAUCCUCUUUGGUAUUUCUCACGUUCAUGUCUACUUUCCCAUCAACUUAUAUGAGUGCGUUGUUUGUUGGUGAAACCUCGAGUGGUUUGCUGCCAUCAUUAGUAGCUUUGGCCCAGGGCAUUGGAAAUGGAUGUACAAACAGCAGCAAAAACACUACUGAUCACAAGACCGACUUAAUUCGCCAAUUAAGGUUUUCACCAGAGGGAUUUUUCUUCUUUUUGUUCACAAUCAUGGUUAUUUGUGGGAUAGCCUUUUUGGCGCUGAAUUAUUUACCAGUGGCCAAAAGACAACAUGUCAGACAAAAACAAAUUAAAACACGAAGAAACAGCAACAGUUCAACACAGCCACUUUUCGAUGAUACUACAAGAAGUAGAUUUCAGUCUACAUCAGCAAGUGACAGUUCUCCUCAAGAUUCUUACUUGAGCCACCAAUCUGUCAACAGUGAUACAUUCUCCUGGUGUGAACGUCACAUAUUACUUCUGCUCUGUAUUCAAACUUGGAUAAACUGCCUUUCCAAUGGUGUCUUGCCAUCGAUACAAGCAUACGCCAGUAUUCCCUAUGGCAACAAGACAUACCAUUUAGGUAAAUAAUGAAUAAUGAACUCCUUUCACUCGUAAGAUCUCAUGAAUUAUGGUCUUUUCGUCCAAAAGUCUCUUCGUCCAAGUCUUUUCAUCCAUAAAAAUUUUCAUCUAAGUCUUUUCAUCUAAUGGUAAAGUCUUUUCUCGAAACAUAUAAAUAACUUUUAGAAGGCUAGAUGAGGCCAUAUAAAGAACUUAUUAGCGCAAGCCAUUGCCAUUUUGGUAGAAGUAAAUUUCUUGUUGGGCUGUUACUGGUCAUGUUGAACACUUAGUGAUGUUACACUUAGUUGUCUAUUACGCAUAAUUGAUGCUUAACAACAAGCCUAAUAUUCCCAUUUCUUUCGUGUGAAAUAACUAAAUGGCAAGUCUUUAUUUUUGUCACUAUUUAAUAAAGUAUACCAUGUUACAACUUCAUUUAAAACAAUGUUAUAACUUUGACAAAAAGACUUGGACAAAAAGACUCUUGGAUGAAAAGACUCUUGAACGAAAAGACCGGGCACUGAUCUUGUAGUUAUUACUCCUUACUGUCUGCAGUGCAUUUCUUAUAAUGUUAUUUUAAAGAUUUUGUUGCUUGAUGAGAGAAUAAUCCCACAAUUAAUAUUUUCCUUUAUUCUAAUCAUUUUUUGUCUUGAUAUUGUGUUUAUGUUGUAAGUCGUGGUCAUUCCAAGUAGUGAAAGGGUUACCAGUUAUGAGGUGUCUGUGAAUCAGCAGCUUCUUCCGAAAUUCCUUGUGAAUACCCACAAGGCAAGAAAUGAAGUUAAAAAGGCAAUUUAAUUACAUCCUGAAAUCAGCAUUUUGCUUCUUAAAGGGAUUUCUUUUGGCUUAUUAAAAUGUUCCUACCUAAUCCAUUCAAGGGUAUUGAAAAUCCUCAGGGGGAAAAAGCAACAUUUUUUAAGGAAAGACACUGAAAAAUGAAGGAGAAUUUCUGAAUGGUGGGGUAUCCAUGGAAAGUGUUUUAAGCUAAUGACAAGUUGCAAGCUCUUGUUAUUAAGGUCAAAAAUAAUGUGUGAUGUCAGAAUUUUUCAGAAAGACUAGGGUGAUAUGUAAAUUUAAGAGCCAGUGUCAUGUGUGAUUUGCCUCCCCCUCAUUUCACGAAAACCUCAAGAUUUCCCUGAAACCUUGCACACAAGAAGAGAGAUUUGAAGGUUUUCAUUUGAAAUUGUGACAUGUUAAAUGCAGUUUGAAUAUAUGUGAGGUAUGACUUGUUGUAACAUUGUAAAAUCUGUAUGUGAAACAGGAUCAGAACACCCUUUGCUACCCUCUUUUUAUGCAGAGCUGUGAAAAAAUGGUUGUUACUCAGUACAGUAGAGUAUGAGGCACAAAUACUAGUUAAUCACUCUUCCUUCUGAAAGAGAUUUAGUCGUGCUUUAUUUAACCCUCCCAGAAGUGAUUAACAAGUAACUUCUCCCAAUAAUAUCUAGACAUUAUCCCGCAUAUAGGUCAUGAGAAUACUCAAACUUAUCAGGUAGGAGUUGUUAUAACACCAAUAACACCAAAUUCUCCAAACUUAUUUACCAGGAAAUGUGGAUCAGCUAGGGGGGAGAAUGAACAAUCAGAUCUUGGGAGUUUAGAUGUGAUCUAAUUGUUGAUUCUCCUCUUCAGAUGUUACAUGUUCCUGUGUAAAUUAGUUACAAGAAUUUGUUGUUGGAUCAAGAAAACAACAAUUUUUAUGUGAGAAGUUUGAAUAUUCUCAUUACCUGUUUGCUUGAUAUUGUUUGGAUUUUAUAGAGAGAAUUAAGUUAUAUGAUUAUCACUUCUGGGAGUGAAAAGGUUAAUUAAUUAAAAAAAACCAGGAAUAAGUUAGCAUCUUGACAGUGCAUAUCUUGUCUCUCCAUAGUUGCCACACUGUCAAAUAUAGCGAGCGCAUUGACUUGUUUCAUUGCCUUAUGGUUUCCGUCAACAUCUUCCAGACUAGUUACAGUGUUGGCAAGUGUGUAUACAGUCCUCAGCACAUACAUCAUCAUCCUUGCAGCCAUGAGCCCAACACCGCCCAUGCAUGGCACAAGUGUUGGGAGCUUGAUAGUGGUAAGUUUAUGAAAAUGAUGAUUCACUGAAUCUUGCAUGUUAGUGGUUUAACCCUUUAACUCAAAGAGGUGAUUAACAUGUUAUUUCUUAUAAUAUACAUACAUUAUUCAGCAAACAGGUAAUGAGAAUGUUCAAACUUACCAGGUAGAAAUUGUUAUUUUGAUCGAACAGCAAAAUCUUGUUACUAAUUUACAAGGAAAUGUGUAUCAGCUAGAGGGGAGAAUUAACAAUCCAAUCUUGGGAGUUGAGGGGUUAAAAAGGUGAAUUGUGUGAAAGUUGUCUGAAAGUUCUCUGAACAUUCUCUGAACCAUGUGAAAUAAACCAAGUCAAAAGAUACAUAAGAGCUAGUAGAAUAAGGAAGAUGGUAGAGAAGGUUUUCACAGGUGAUAGACAAAAAAGUUUUUUGUCCCCAUGAGGAAUCAAGCCUCAAACCUUUUGAUUUCAGGCUUUGAUGCUCUACCACCACAUGUAGGUGUUUCUCAGAUCUACAAUCAGCCUCAAAAUUAGUUGACACAUCAUGUUUGAAGAGUGCUAUUUAUUUGUAGAAUAAUACUCCUGUUUUUACCACACUCUAAAUCAUUGACAAGACCCUCCCUCCCCAAAAAGUUCAUAAAAUCAUAAUACAACAUUGUUUUAGGGGGAGGGGGGGAUGAAUAGGUUGGCUUACUGAGAGCAAAAGAGAUAAAAUUGGAAAAAAAUGGGGACCUUAAAUUGUCUAAGUGUCAACAAUUUUGUUGCUGAUUGUAGAUAAGGAAUUAUUUGGCCCUGUAUUUUUAUCUAAUUUAACUUGUUUUCUAAUUCUUAUUUUUCUUCUCUGUUUCCAGAUUUUUGUUAGUAUUGUCAGCGGCAUUCUAAUUAGUUAUACUAAGUUGACCAUCUCAACAAUCAUGCGUGACCAUGGUAAACGGGCAUUAUUUUGGUGUGGUAUUUGUAUACAGAUAGGGUCAUGUAUCGGUGCUCUUGUCAUGUUCCCUCUUGUAAAUAUUGCUAAGCUUUUUCACCAGCAAAAGAGCUGUUAGUCAGUGAAAUUCCCAAAAUUUGUGGAAUAAAUCACUACUAAAUCAAACAAUCAAAUUGCUUCAGAAUUUGUCCAGUAGAAACAUGAGUUGCAAGAAAGUAAAAUUCUCAACUUUAUCCUCUUCUGCUUUAGUUGGAAAUUUUGACUCUGGUAGGGAACAGCUGAGUCAGAUGCGAAACUUUUUUAUGUGCUGAGCUAAAUACAAGAGUUAUAACCUUUUCUGUAGCUAUUUCCAGAAACUGUGUAUGGAACAUUUCAAGAUGGUUGGAAUAAUCAGUUGUAUGUUUUUGAACAGGAGUUGGUCAUGAUGUGAAUUAAGUUCAGCUCAUGAAAACUUUGGUAUUUGAACAGAAUCUUAUGUGUGAUUAACUUCAGGCUUUACUGUGAUUAAUUUGUUUUAAGAAUUCUUCAACUGGUAUUUCUGAAUACCACAGAAUUCUAUAGAAGGUUAGUAAAGAAAGAAAACUGCAUUACAAUUUGAAUCACUAGCAUGCACUGAACAGUACCAACUGAAACCACAUGGAGUCAUCUGUGUGUUUUGUGUGGUGGAUGUGCAGGCAUAAUCAGCCUGUGCAGUGACAAAACACAGACAAAAAGAAGGGAAAAUCAUUGAGAAUUUUUGCAAUUACUGGCUUUUGUUUGUCUAUUGAAAUUUGCUUUUGUUUGUUUAACUUCUCAAAUUUACAUACAACUAAUAUCAAGAGGUAAAAAAUUGAAUUAAUAACUGGAUAAUUUUGUCUAGUGGAUGGCAUGAUGCCUGACAGUGUCGCGCAAAUACACUAGUUUCAUCCAAUAUGUUGGGAAAUUUGUUCCUAAAAGGACAGGGAAAGAUAUGGAAACCUGGGGCUAGAUUUGGGGAAGUUUUAAUGAUAUGGCAGAAAUUUCUGCUUAUAAAAACUACUUACCAUUUUAUGCAUUAGCCUGCAUUGCUAGUAGUCUGCAAUUUUGGGGGCUAAGAGAAAAAUUUUUCAUUUUUCUCUCUGCCCCCAAAAUCACAGACUGCCAGCAACGCAGGCUAUUUAUGCACAAGAUUUUUUGACUCAAGAAGCCAAGCUGUGGCUGAGUAGGCCAAUAAGCUCAAAUACUGACUAUACUCUAUGAAUAGUUCAAGAUUUUAAGAGUGAACUGUUAGGACUUGCAUUAGGUAUUUAAAGAUGAGGGCAUUGUAAUUUGUGUGUAUUAAAAAUAAGUUUAAGUGAUCAUGACUCCUAAUUGCUUAGUUGACAAAACCACUAUUCCAGUGGUUACUUAACAUUUUGAUCCCCAAGAGUGACGAGAAUCUAAUUUCUCCUUACAAUAAUACACAACAAGGACACAAGAAUAGAG